UCAUCAACCCAGGGAGCAGCAACAAUGAGAUAGCAGUAAUUUGACACACAGCGAAAGUUUAUCUCCAACGUAGGACCUGAAUGUAUAAACUACCAGGAAAUGCUGGCGUGCCGUUGCUUGGAGACAAGUCGCUGGAGUUUUACCGGGACCCGGUGGGCUUCUGCCAGCAGAGGAUCGAGAAACACCGGAGCAGAGUGUUUCAGUGCCGCAUGCUGAACAGACCGACCGCCUUCAUCUGCUCCGUGCAGGGGAUGAGAGAGCUGCUCUGUGAGAAGUCCAACUUGUUCCUGAAGGAUCCGACUGACCUGAUGACCAACAUGUAUGGUGACACCGUUGUCACCAGUAAUGGUGAGGAGGCAUGUCUUCUCCGCCUGUCUCUCACCAGCCUGUUCACAGGAAGCUGUUUGGAAUCAUCAAGUGAUUAUAUCACCAAUGUAUGUGAGCGCUGUCUGAAAGACCUCUCUCUCAGUGGCCAGCCAAAGUGUGUGUACUCUGCCUUUAAGCGCCUGGGCACAGAGUUGGUUUUGGGCCUUUUUCUGAACAUACGAGCGGAGGAGCAGCCUGACCUAUUUCAGGAAAUCAUGCAGCUCUGCACCCAGCACUGGCAUGGUCUGAUCUCUGCUCCGGUCAAGCUCAAGGUUCCUCUGUGGUCCUCGGGUUUCUCCAUUGCUCUGGACGCCAGAGACAAACUGAUGGUCAUCAUUAAAGACAAACUGGAGAAUGACACACAGGGUUUUGUCGGCUCUCUUGGUUCUUUGCCGAUGCCUGACUCCACUUCUGCCUCCCAGCAUCUGCUGUUGUUCAUCUCAGCUCUGAUCCCCAAAGCCCUGGCAUCGCUGCUCACCUCCUUCACACUGGCACUCAGUGGAAACAAACAGGCCCGUCUGCAAGCAAUGGAAGACCCUGAUUACCUGCGCACAGUACUGCUGGAGGUGCAGAGACUUUGGCCUCCUUUCAUUGGUGGACGCAGAAUAGCUGAUCAGGACACUACCAUCGCAGGAUUUCCUGUUCCAAAGGAUUACGGUGCGAUCUAUAUCAGCCACUCUGUCCACCGCGACCCAGAGGUGUUCCAGCAGCCGGACGACUUCCUGCCGGAGAGAUGGAGCGGAAGGAAUGCAGGCCAGGAGCACUUCCUGUGUUCGUUCGGCAACGGGCCUAGAAGCUGUAUUGGAACUAAACUUACUGAUAUCUUCCUUAAGGAGGCGUGCAUGUACCUGUUAAAGCACUACGACUGGUGUUUGGACCCUCCAUCACAGGACCUUGAGUACAAAUGGCUGCCUGUGUCUCGCCCCGCUAACCUCCCCACCAUCUCUAUUACCCGACUGGAUCUGACCAGACCUGACAGGAGCGACACCAACUAGGGAUGCACAGUAUGUUGGGUGACGUACCUGCUUAUAAGUUCAAAGAAAAAAGAGAAACAAAAGAUAUGAGCAUUAAAAACUGUAGCUAGAGGCCACAUAUGCCUGUCUAGAAUGUGCAGAACAAGCUGGAAAAUAUGUGAACACACACAGGGAAGCCUGCAUACUGUGAGGCUUUCCCUGCUGCGUAUAUUUCAGUAAUCGUCCUGGGGAACGCCGAGGAGUGUACUGGUUUCACUCUGUGUUCUCUGCCAGAAAUUCCGCAGUUUUGCUUCAUGAAUCUGCAACAGAAGACAACCAUUUAGUUUGGUCUGUUUUUUUAAAUUGGUCAUUGAUUUCUGUUUUAAAAGGUUCACCAGAUCCACAACACGAAGCUCUUUGCCUCACUAGACCUGUCUUAUACAUCAGAUAUUGCUUCUAGUGUGAAUCGAGGUACACCUUCCUUUUCUUUGUGGUGGAGUUAGCUGUGAACAGAAACUGAAAUUACCUACAAAACUGCAGCUCUUAUGCGGUGAGAAAUCCCAUUUCUUUUUACCACACUGCAGCAUCACUUUUUAAAC